UGCAGGGUGUGGCCAUAAAAAUAUGAAAUAUAUGUAUUGAAACCUCUCAUAUCUGAGGUGUUUUUUUUAAUUGAAACUCUCACUUUCUUUGGAGGGAAGCAAAUGAGACCACAUACUACGGUAGAGGAGUUUCCUGUGAGUCUGGGAGUUGCGCGCAGAGAGAAUCCGAGCAGAGCAGUACAGUACAUAGGAAAUGACUCAUAGGAGUUGAACUGUUAGCGUGGGUGUGUGCGCUAUUAAAACAAGGCUCAGACUCCUCCGGGUGACUCACUUCUGAUGCUCGCUUUUCCAUGCUGAAAAAGCUCAGCACCGGAUUGUUAAUCAGAUGAACUUUCGGGAAUUGUGUAGCCGACAGCGAGCAGCUUUUUACGCGCGGACAACAUCAUGGCUUAUUCUAACGCUUCUCUCUGCGCGCUCUGCGGAUUUAUUAUAGCGGCUGUGACUAAUUUCUACGGUGUGAGCGCACAGAAAAGUCAGUGUAACAGUUUAGAGUUUUGGAACUCAGAUUUGGACGUUUGUGUGCCGUGUGCAUCAUGCAAGAAGUACCCAAAGACCCCGUCAUGCAACACAUGUAAAUCUGUGGAUGAGACACCUGACGUGUGGAAACUGGCAGCCAUCACGAGCUUCUCGGUGCUGGCCGUCGUGCUGGUCGGUGCUGCGCUGAUUAUCGGGGUCAUGGUGCAUCGACGCAAGUCACACAAACGACCUCUACGUGAACCCAUUGAAGAAACUGCGGGGCCACUUUACCAAGCUUAAACAUUUCACCUCAUCUUCCUCUGGAAACAGAUGUGACAGAACCAAGCAGUGACUGGUUCAGAGCCGGAUGGAGGAACCUCUGGACCAUGAAAUGUAUACUCUGACUGCAGGGUAUCUCUUCACUAGAAUUGGACCAUUUUAAUUUAUUAGACUGUUGAGUGAAGAAAUGUGCUCAAUUCUCACACUCAGUGUAGAUCCAACAGUGACCACAGGAGCAACUCUGACACCUCUGUAGGAAUAGUAACAACAUUAUAUUAGUGGUAUCAUUCUCAGAUAUUGUUGGCCUUUAUAUUCUACUUAAAUAUUAUUUCGGUCUGGAAGACCUUUGUGGAUUUUACAGAUGUUUGAUUCAGAUAAGAACGGCAGUCCUUUCUUCACAGAGAUGGAUGCUUUCCAAACCCUGUAUUGUAUUAUCCAGCAGGACUCCGAUGAAUGUAACAUAGCUACUGCUGCCUGCUGGGCUGCAGUUUGAUCUCCUGCUAUUCAGUAAGGUUAGACGGGGUCUAUCUGCAGGUCAUUUACCACGACAGCCUCUUAACGAUAAAUCACAUGUGAGUAAGACGUACUGUUAGGCACAUUAAGGCCAUUUGAAUGUAGCUAUUUUUACAGUAGGUGAAAUGUCUUCCAGCUUUUGUCCCCGCCAGUACCUGUGUGUACCUGCUCUUUUAGUCGCCUGAUACAGUGAGAAAGCUGUUGAUUAACUAUACUCAUUCACUGUUACUGGGUCUCCUGAGACCAACACAGACAGUUUGUUGUAGGUUAUUACAAUAUUGUUGUCUGUUUUAAAUGUUGCUAGGUUUUAAGAGAUGUUAGCCGUUUCUCUAUCACAACCCCAGAAUUCACACGUUACUGUCCCAGUGUCGUAGGACAGGAUGUUUGAAACACUAGACAAAACAAUGCCAAACUGAAAACAUGUGGGAAUGUUGCGAGGUCUGUACUGUCGUGAAAGUAUGGGACCUACAGUGUUUUAGGUGGAGCUACAGAAUCACGAUGCUUACUAACUCUGACCUGUCAAAUCGUUUCAGAUCUGAAGAUAUAUGUCGAGAGGCCUGUUUGUAAUUUUGUAGUCAUCGAAACCAACGAGAACCACGGUGGCCACGGUUGUUGCGUUCCAUUUCUUUUUUUAGUUCAGGAUGUUUUCAUCUAUCUUCAAAACAUCAGCAGUAUGUGGUUACUGAUGUAUUUUAUGUGGCUGACAAUGUUUCAGGUCAUAUUUUGGAUCUGUCUGCUUGUGGGUGAACUGCUUGCCCUCAGGCAGCAAAAUUAGGGAAUUACUUAAAAUACAGAAACUUCCUCUUCUCUUUUCUUAUUUAGAGCUUUAGAUUAUUUAUUUUUAAAUAUCUUGCGGUGUUGUUUUACAUCAACUGCGAGGAACAAGCACAUUUUUUAAAGGGACUCCAGUGAAGAUUUUUGUUAAACUUCCACCAGGCCAGCUAACGAUGAUACUGAGCAAUAACUAACAUUUACGGCUUAUUUCUCUUGCUUUCUAUUUCUAAUUGUAUAUACUGUAAAUGCACUGGCUUCUUUUACUUUAUGCAGUCUUAUAAACUGCUAUGCAUACCAAAUGUAUUUUCACAAUAAAACUGAGAAUUUCCAAUUAUAA